UGAUGAGAAAGAAAUACCCUAUCUGGGCCUAAUUCUGUCCAAAUCAUUAUUUAGUUGAAAUUCCCGCACCUUCACCGUGUAAUUCCAUCACAAAGCCCGAAAAAUGGAAGACGACGGGGAGGAGCCGCCGCUCGCCGUCGCGAUCGACGACGUCGUCACUCCGGUCACCGCCCCGGAAUGCUCAAUUCCUCCUCCGGUUGGCGUCACCGUUAUCACUGGAUACUUGGGAGCUGGAAAAUCCACUGUAAUAACUGAUUUAUGUUGCUUUGGUGAAUAGCGGAACAAUUAUUGAAGUAAUACGUUUUGAUUAUUUGGUGAAUUUGGUUGCAGUUGGUGAAUUACAUAAUAAAUUCGAAACAUGGGAAGAGAAUAGCGGUGAUUUUGAAUGAGUUUGGGGAGGAGAUUGGGGUGGAAAGAGCAAUGAUUAAUGAAGGAGAAGAAGGUGCCCUGGUUGAGGAAUGGGUGGAGCUUGAUAAUGGCUGCAUUUGUUGCACUGUUAAGCACAGUUUGGUUCAAGCACUUGAGCAACUUGUUCAAAGAAAAGAAAGACUUGAUCAUAUAUUACUGGAGACGACAGGGUUGGCAAACCCUGCUCCGCUUGCUUCUGUUCUCUGGUUGGAUGAUCAGCUUGAAUCAUCCGUUAAGCUUGACUCUAUCAUCACUGUUGUUGAUGCCAAGAACCUUCCGUACCAGCUAAAGAUGCAGCGCGACUCUUCCUCCUUCCCUGAAGCUUAUUUACAAAUAGCUUUUGCGGAUGUUGUGAUUCUGAAUAAAGUUGAUCAAGCUUCUGCAAACCAGCUGGAGGAACUUGAGAAGGAGAUGCGUAGUAUCAAUUCCCUCACAAAAAUUAUUCGUUCCACCCGGUGCCAAGUAGAGCUGUCCAUGAUACUGGACUGCCAGGCGUAUGAUUCUGAACAUGUUGCUCAUUUGGAAGCAUUACUGGAGGAAAAUAGAUCUCUGACUACCGAAGAACUUCAUGAUGUUGGUGUGAGAACCAUCUGUAUCUCCGAAAAGCAGAAGUUAGAUCUUGACAAGGUUCGCACUUGGCUGGAGGAGAUUCUUUGGGAUAAAAAGUAUAGCAUGGAUAUUUAUCGGUGCAAAGGGGUUUUAAACAUUAAGAACUCAGAUCAACUUCACACGUUGCAGGGUGUGAGGGAAAUUUAUGAAAUUGUCCCGGCUCGUGAAUGGAGAAAAGAUGAAACUGAAAUGAGCAAAAUAGUAUUCAUAGGUUUGAACAUUUCUCCUUGGGUUCUUUUAUUUGGGUUGAAUUGGUUGGACUUUUUGAUGAUGGGUGAUGUUUUUUAUGCAGGUAAACUGUUGAAUCAAGAAGUUCUUCGCGAUUGCCUAAGAGAUUGCACUGCCUGAAGUUGCUCAGUCCUGAAAAAGUCAUUUUGUAAACCCGCCACGGGCGAAAUACUAGUAAUUAACUAAAGAGGAGAAUUGGGUGUUAGAACGUUACAAGUCUUUUUUUUUUUUCUUUUGUAACAUCAAGAACACCACCAGAUAGUGAACCUUAUUAGUCGUUGUUUUGUAGUAAUUUUCUCAGAAUAAUAAUUUUAUUAAUGAAAGGUGAAUAGAUCCACCGAAAAGUUGAAACUUGUUAACGAAAAAAAAU